AUGCGCGGAGUGCUCUUGCUGGCAGCCGCCACGCUCGUGAUAGGCAGUCAGCCCAUGGUGCCAGCGAACGCGACGAACGCAAAUGGCAAGUGGACGCUCACCUUUAGCGACGAGUUCAACUCGUUGGACCGGGCCAAGUGGCGCAUCCUCAACGACUGCUCGACGACCAACAAGUGCGUCUACAACAACGAGCUCCAAGUGUACCUCGCGAGCCAAGUCUCUGUCUCGAAAGGCAACCUCGUGAUCGAAGCCAACAACGUGCCGUACGUCUCGCCGUCCGCGGGCGCCCGGCGGUAUCGGUCCGGACGCAUGGACACGUCCGGCAGCUUUGCGCAACUCCAUGGGCGCUUUGAAGCGCGCGUUAAGCUUCCGUCCGGCCAAGGCAUGUGGCCCGCCUUCUGGAUGAUGCCGCGCGGCGGGCGGUGCUGGCCCAUGGACGGCGAGAUUGACGUGCUCGAGUACAUUGGGAAGCGCAUGCCGCACACCGUCCACGACUUGCACUCGUCUGCCAACUACUGCGGCGUCACAGGCGGAGCCAAAACGCUGGCGCUCAAUACGAAUGACUUUCACAUCUAUGCUGUGGAGUGGACGCCGACGUCGCUGGCGUGGUUUGUCGACGGCGUCCAGUACUUCAAGAUCGACGCAACCCAGUGCCGCACCAAGCCCGCGCAGUUGAUACCCACCAAACCGUUCUACCUCAUUCUCAACUUUGCAGUGGGCGGCGACUGGCCCGGCAACCCGGACGCGACGUCGACGUUUCCCCAGCGGCUCUACGUCGACUAUGUCCGUGUCUACAAGCGAAGCGUGCUCUAA